AUGACAGACCAACACAAGAACAUCCUUCAAUUCAUAGCCGAUGAUCUAGGCCUAUUCCUCCACUGCUACGGAGAAAAAAACAUCCAAACACCAAACAUCGACAAACUAGCAUCUCUCGGCACAACAUUCACCAAUGCCUUCGCCAGCACAGCCUCAUGCAGUGGAAGCCGCUCAACAAUCUACUCAGGACUCCAUACCCAUGAAAACGGACAAUAUGGACUCGCGCACGGCUGGAAUCAUUUCCAAACACACGAUCACAUAGAGACGCUGCCCAUGAUAUUCAAUUCCCUCGGCUACCAAACCGGAAUCAUAGGCAAAGUCCACGUUGGUCCCAAAUCAGCUUAUCCAUGGGUGAUCAUGGAAGAAAGCCACACUCGCGAUGUGGGAUUCAAUGCCCAGCGCGCAGGAGCAUUUUUCGAGCGUGCAAAUGAAACAGAUAGACCGUUUCAUUUAACUGUUGGGUUUCGGGAUCCGCAUCGUGAUGAUUCCCGGGGUGGAUUUGGUAAUGAAGAUGAGGAGCUGAUUCAGGCUGGAAUUCAAGUUCCGGAGUAUGGAGUACAGGAUGUAGCAGUUCCGUUUUAUUUGAGUGAUGUGGCUGAAGUUCGGGUGGAAUUGGUCGAGUACUAUAAAGCUAUUACUCGGAUGGAUUAUGGCGUUGGGUUGAUUCUGGAUGUUCUUGAGAAACAUGGGUUAACGGAUAACACACUCGUUAUAUUCGUUAGUGAUAACGGGGCACCGUUUCUGAACUCAAAGACCACCCUUUACGAUGCAGGUGUGAGGCUUCCUCUUAUUAUGAAGUGUCCCGGUCUUACUGGGGGAGUGAUAAAUCCGAACAUGGUAUCUUUCCUGGACAUCCUACCAACUUGCAUGGACUGGGCGGGCGUGAACGAAAGCAAUGGCCAAAUGAUCACAACACCCAAUACUGGGAAAUCUCCUAAAAGACUCGGAAAGACUUUUCUAUCGAUCAUUGCUUCUGGGACUCUUAUUUCUGAAGAAACGCGUGACCAGCAUGUUUUCGGAUCUCAUACUUUCCACGAAAUUCAAAAUUACUGGCCAACAAGAUUCUUGCGCACAACUCGAUUCAAAUAUCACAGGAAUAUUGCUUGGAAGCUUGACUUCCCCUUCGGAACUGAUCUUUACGGAAGUCUCUCGUGGGAAGGUAUUCGAAAUAUGGACGGACCGGUGGUGAUUGGCAAUCGACCAUUGGAGAAAUACCUUUACAGGGGACCGGAAGAGUUGUUUGACAUGGACAAUGAUCCCGAGGAGCUGCAUAAUCUCGUCUCAGACAAGAAGUUCGAAACCAUUCUCCUUGAAUGUCGUGAGAAGGUUGAGAAAUGGCAGUACUUGACGAAUGACCCUUGGCUUCUCAAAGACGGUGUCUCUGUUAUGACGAGUAUGGGACAUCAGAAAAUGGGAAUGAAGUUGCGAGAUAGAUCUGAGUUCGAGGCUAAUGACCCUGGAAAUAUCAAAGUCCCACACUGGACUCCGCCUGCAGGUUUGAGCAAUGGUGAUAUGGAGGGAAAAUAUUUUGCCGGUUGA